UCAUCACAUUUAUCCACCGACUCUUUUACCCUCGGUUCUAAAACAAAUCAGUAAGGAAGAGAACAGGCAAGGAACCGGGUGGAACCCUAGCCGGCGGCGAGGAGACGGCCAGUCGUGACGGCGCGGCGUCUCCCGGGGGCGCGGGCGCGCAUCGAGCCGGCGGCGAGGAGGCGGCCAGUCGCGGCGGCUCCCGGGGACGCGGGCGGCGCGGCGAGAAGGCGGCUGGCCGCGGGCGGCGCGGUUGGACGCCGGCUACGGGGGCGCGCGCUACCGGCAGACGCGGCGAGGAGGCGGCCAGGCGGGGGAGGCGCCGUUGGACGCCGGUGGCGGCGCGCGCUACCGAGAGGGGCGGGGGGCAGGGGGCGACGAGCCGGCUCCCUGCGGUCGCUCCCUGCUGCUUGCUCCUUGCUCCUUGCUCCUUGCUGCUUGCCGUUGGACGCCUUGCUCCUUGCUGUGAACUUCCAUCUUGAUUCCUCGCGUCGUCUUGCACUGCCGCCGCCGUCCGGAGCCAUAUGACGUCCCUCGCGCCCCGGCUCCUCCGCCGCCGAUCCCUCCGCUCCGCCGCCGCAACGGUAGUCUCUCCAAGCGGCUUCUGGGCGCGGCUGCGCGGCGCGGGUUCUCCGUGCCCUGGCGCGUCGUCGUUCGAGCCUACCCGCGGCGUGUCUGAGCGUUGGGCGGGUGCGCGGGGAUGGUGGUUCCAGCCUGUGCGGCACGGGAGCACGGCAGUCACACUGGAGACGGAUGGCGGCUUUGCUAGGUUCUCUGUCGGCAGCAGCGCGGCUAAGAAGCAGACGGCGGGUCAGGGGCAGCGUCCAGCGAGGGCGCAGAAGAAGAUGUCACGGAAGGCCAAGGUUAACCAGCUCAAGUGGUACCGCCUCAAGGCCAAGAAGAAGAUGAAGUCGCCCAACCCUGAAGUCAGGAUUCGAUACAAGCUCGAAAAGGCUAAGAGGAAAGAAGAAUGGCUCAUUGAGAAGCUGAGGAAGUACGAGGUCCCCAGAUCACCGGAGCCUGUUCAUGACCCUGAGAUUCUAACUGAUGAGGAGAAAUUCUACCUCAAAAGAACCGGCGAGAAGAAAAAGAACUAUGUUCCUGUUGGAAGGAGAGGGGUGUUUGGCGGUGUGGUUCUCAAUAUGCACCUUCACUGGAAGAAGCAUGAGACUGUGAAGGUGGUCUGCAAACCUUGUCGGCCUGGCCAGGUCUACGAGUACGCCGAGGAGCUGACCCGGCUGAGCAAAGGCACGGUCAUUGAUAUUAAACCCAACAAUACCAUCAUCUUUUAUCGUGGAAAGAACUAUGUGCAGCCAACAGUUAUGUCACCUCCCGACACUCUCUCGAAGCAGAAGGCUUUGGAGAAAUAUAGGUAUGAACAAUCUCUUGAACAUACAAGUCAAUUUAUCGAGAAACUAGAGAAGGAACUUGAAGAUUACCAAAAGCAUGUUGCUUUAUUCAAGAAUCGUGGAGAAACUUCUGAAAAAAUCAGCAGCGAAGACACUAUUGUUGAUGACCUGACAACUAGCUCAGAUACUGAAUGAGUUGUCUCUUUGAACUAUGAUGCCAUAGAACAUUCUGCAAUGAAGAGAACAAGAUGAGUUGUAUUUUGUCACGGGUGGCUUCCUUGGAGCAAAACAUGGGACUGGCUAUCUGAAAUAUGUCUACUCAAUUGAAAACAGGGCCCUGACUGAAGCUGAUGAUGCCAUACCAAUCAACUCCGAAGGAUUUCUAGUGUCACCCGUUGGUUCCAGCCGAAGGAUUUCUAGUGUCACCCGUUGGUUCCAGCCCUUGUCAUGGUGCAUCACAACAGCAUAAACCAAAGCAACCGGUCACAUAGAACCUAUUGUUGUGUAGAGUUUAGCAGCAUCUGCUUAAGCAAUGGCAUGGUACUGGCAUCCUAUAAGCCAGCGUAGAACAACUGAUCAUCAUGUGGAGUUCUUGACCACUUGCGUGGAGUAACAUGGACUCUGAAAAUCACCAAAUUGGGAUUUUAGAGGAUGCAUGUACUAUUUGCAGUAAUCCUCUUGUAACAGAAAUUCUUGAUCAUGUAGUCGGCAUGUUAUGUUCUUCUAUAUCCAGUAUAUAAACUCAUUUGUUUUCGGCUACAAUGGAAUUGUCUGGGUCGAACGGUCAAACAAUUGAAGUGAUGGCUCAUUCCAUUAAGAGAAAAAAAAAGGAUAAAUGAUAGCUCAAGCAUUUGU